AUUGCUGUCACUAAAUUUUUUAGUAGAUCUUCAUCCUUUUCCCUCACGUCUACGAUUUGGGCCAGCCUACUUCACAGCAAAUAGGUAUGAAGAAAUCGACGUCUAACCAGCAGUCGACGUUCGUGCGAGCUCGACCCGAUGCUGGAUUUCACAAAUUCAUUCAAAUCAUAACAUCAAAUAACUAUUUCAGUGGAGUUAUCAUGUUCGUCAUAUUUCUAAAUGCGGUUUUGAUUGCCAUUGAGACGAGCAGUUCACUGAAGGAGGAAUAUCCGUUGAUAUUUUUCAUCACAGACAAUUUCUUCUUUAGCGUCUAUUUGCUUGAAUUUCUUCUUAAGCUCUACGCCGAGCCGAUCAACUAUUGGAAGAAUCCCUAUAAUCUGUUUGAUUUGUUUGUCUUGGUGCUGCUUGUGGUUCAGGUAACGCUAGACGCAGUCACUCACACUGACAGCGGCUUUUCAGCUUUGAAAGUUCUUAGAGCUCUUCGUGCACUCCGUGCUCUUCGCACUAUUUCGUUCAUCCGCAGUCUUCAAGUGCUGGUGAGCGCAAUGGUGAGCACGUUUCGUACAGCUGUCAUCGAUCUCAUUCUUCUCCUGCUGCUCAUCAUGUUUCUCUUUGCCAUCACCGGAUAUUAUUUCUUUGGCUACGACGAGACAGGAGAUAAAGAAAAUUGGGGAACAUUCGGUCGAGCCAUGCUCAGUCUCUUCAUACUUGUUACGGUAGACGGCUGGACAACACUUCAAGAGUCUCUAGACAAGCUGUCCCCAGCUACACGAAUCUUCACUAUGAUCUUCAUUUUCAUUGGACACUUUAUAUUCACCAACUUGUUUAUUGGCGUUAUCAUCAGUAACAUUCAUGCGGCAACAUGUGAGUUUAAUGAGGCACAGAUGAAAGAACGGAUAGCAAUUUUAGAAAAAAAGAAAAGUUAUUUAAAAAAUCGACAACACAAGGAGCUCAAGCGAGUUGCUGAAAAACAGAGAGAUGGGCAAUUCACAAAUUUUGCAGACAUGACAAAAAGUUUCCAAGAGACUCUACGCCACGAUGACAUCACAACAAUUUCUGAUCUCAGCGUAAACGUCCAGUGGAUGGAAACGUUCCUUAUGAGCCUCGACCAUCAAGAAAAAGCCAUGCACAGGCGUCUAGCUCAUGCUAUACAACAACUACAUGAUAGUCUACAAGCCACUACAUCUUCAUCAUGUAUGGAUGUGUGGGCCACGAGUUCGAUAGAGGAAGUGGUGUUGCACAUGAUAGUGUUGCACUUAACAUCUCGCUUCUAUUCAAGUGAGAUGACUGCUUUGUAG